AGUUGCAGCAGAAAAAAGAGAAGAAAAUGCAAGCAGUGGCUGCUAAGCUCACUCGCCGCCCUCACUUGCUCGCCAGAGCCUGGUUAACUCUCUCUCCUUCUCCUCUUUCCACCACCAACACGUGUCUCACCCGCACCUCUCCUCAUCCUUGGUCCGCCACUCAACGUCGCGGCGCUAGAAUCCAAGGCGCCGACGUGAGACCUGGGAAUGUGAUCCAAAAGAAAGAUCGUAUCUACCAGGUGAUAAAAGUGGAUCAUUCACAUGAAGGUAGAGGAAAGGCCAAUAUUAAGCUGGAGCUUCGGGAUGUCGACUCUGGCAACAAGACAUCCCAAAGAUUGGGGACUGGGGAGACAGUUGAUAGGGUAUUUGUUGUGUCCAAAAGUUACGUUUACAUGUGCACAGAUCGGGAUGGCAAAGUGUUGUUGAUGGAUCCUGAGACACUUGAUCAGCUCGAAGUGAAUGAAGACGUAUUUGGAAAGAAUGCUAAAUACCUACAAGAAGAAAUGAAAGUUAGAGUGGAGCUGUUUAAUGGGACCCCUUUAUCUGCAUCAGUUCCAAAACAUGUGACCUGCACUGUUAAGGAGGCACAACCUCAUAUGAAGGGGAUUGCAGCAACACCUAAGGAUAAAAUAGCUGUAAUCGAAAAUGGCUUCACCAUAAAAGUACCGGCUCACAUUAUAAGUGGUGACUCUGUGGUUAUUGAUACCGAGGACGACUCUUAUGUUAGAAGGGCCAAGGUGUAAUUCUGAAUAUAAUUGCUAUAAUCUGGUGGAGAGGUGGAAUAUAAUUUGUGCGUUGUCUAGCAUGACUGGGUGGUUUCGGUAGUGAUGAAGGUGUUUACCAUCUUGAGGUAGCUGAUUCAAAGCAGUAUAUAUUUAGUCAUCAAAUAUAGGACUCUGGAUGGAAAAAUAAAAGAAAUUUUGUUAAGAGUAGUUAUGUUGGAUAGAGAAUCAUAUUAUUGUAGUGACCAGUGCAGUGGUGUAACCAGCUCUUGAUGCUUGAUGCUUGAUGCCUUGCCACUUUUGAGGAGCUAUGACGGUUAACAUCAUCAUAUCUCUCUGAUUUCAUGUUACUAAAAUGCUCUACUGCUUGACUAUA